AUGUUUAGAAACGCUACCGUUACUUUACGUACCAAUGUUAAUGCUGUAUUAAGACUCCGUCCUUCAUUGACUAGAGCUUAUGCUGCUUUUGAUCGUUCCAAACCUCAUGUUAAUGUUGGUACUAUUGGUCAUGUUGAUCAUGGUAAGACCACUUUAACUGCUGCUAUCACUAAAGUGUUAUCAGAAAAAGGUGGUGCUAAUUUCUUAGAUUAUGGAUCAAUCGAUAGAGCUCCUGAAGAAAGAGCCAGAGGUAUUACCAUUUCUACUGCCCAUGUUGAAUAUUCUACUGAUAAAAGACAUUAUGCUCAUGUUGAUUGUCCAGGGCACGCUGAUUACAUUAAGAAUAUGAUUACUGGUGCUGCUCAAAUGGAUGGUGCUAUUAUUGUUGUUGCUGCUUCUGAUGGUCAAAUGCCUCAAACCAGAGAACAUUUAUUAUUAGCUAGACAAGUUGGUGUUCAACAUUUAGUUGUUUUCGUUAACAAAGUUGAUACUGUUGAUGACCCAGAAAUGUUAGAAUUAGUUGAAAUGGAAAUGAGAGAAUUAUUAUCCCAAUACGGUUUUGAUGGUGAUAACACUCCAGUUAUUAUGGGUUCAGCUUUAUGUGCUUUACAAAAUGAAAGACCAGAAAUUGGUAGUGAAGCUAUUAUGAAAUUAUUAGAUGCUGUUGAUGAACAUAUUCCAACUCCAGUUCGUGAUUUAGAACAACCAUUUUUAAUGCCUGUUGAAGAUGUUUUCUCUAUUUCUGGUAGAGGUACUGUUGUUACUGGUAGAGUUGAAAGAGGUAGUUUAAAGAAAGGUGAAGAAAUUGAAAUUGUUGGUAAUUUCGAUAAACCUUAUAAAGCUACUGUUACUGGUAUUGAAAUGUUCAAAAAAGAAUUAGAUGCUGCUAUGGCUGGUGAUAAUGCUGGUAUUUUAUUAAGAGGGGUUAAAAGAGAUGAAGUUUCAAGAGGUAUGGUUUUAUCUAAACCAGCUACUGUUACUUCUCAUCAAAAAUUCUUAGCUUCUUUAUAUAUUUUAUCAAAAGAAGAAGGUGGUAGACAUUCACCAUUUGCUGAAAAUUAUAAACCUCAAUUAUUCAUUAGAACCAGUGAUGUUACUGGUACUUUGAAAUUCCCAAGUGAAGAAGGUGUUGAUCAUUCAGCUAUGGUUCAACCUGGUGAUAAUGUUGAAAUGGAAAUUGAAUUAGUUAAAAAGACUCCAAUUGAAUUGAAUCAAAGAUUUAACCUUAGAGAAGGUGGUAAGACUGUUGGUACUGGUAUGGUCACUAAGAUCAUCGAAUAG